CUUCGCUUGCAUUCAGAUCGUUGAGAAAUGGUUUAGGUAUGAGAGGUAAGUUCAUCAAAUUGAGGUUGCCAGACCUUCAAACCCCGUGGAAAUCCGAUUCCCAAGGCCCCAGCUUCACAUUAGUGAGACACCACCACGGACCAGUCACCAACAAAUAUGGCCGUAACCGUGGCGUGGCGUUAUAGAACGAGGCUAUAUGCCGAGUUCUUGUGUCUGGUGGUCUCACUCAGUCCACAAUCCGUCCAGUACUAACAUCUAGGCUCUGUUAGAGCUUUGUCUUCCACCAGCAACUCAUUGUCCAACUACCAACAGCCAGACUUUUCAUCUUACUUAAACAAGAGAUCCGAAGACAGCAACAGAAACUUCACUUACUUCAUGGUCGGUUCCAUGGGUUUGUUGGGUGCUGCCGGUGCUAAGUCCACCGUUGAAUCGUUCCUUUCCUCGUUGGCUGCCUCUGCCGAUGUCUUGGCCAUGGCCAAGGUCGAAGUCAAGUUGGGUGCUAUUCCAGAAGGUAAGAACGUCAUUGUCAAGUGGCAAGGUAAGCCCGUUUUCAUCAGACACAGAACUCAAGACGAAAUCGACGAAGCCAACAAGGUCGACAUCAAGACCUUAAGAGACCCUCAAGCCGAUGACGACCGUGUCAAGAAGCCAGAAUGGUUGGUCAUGUUGGGUAUCUGUACCCACUUGGGUUGUGUCCCAAUUGGUGAAGCUGGUGAUUUUGGUGGUUGGUUCUGUCCAUGUCACGGUUCCCACUACGAUAUCUCCGGUAGAAUCAGAAGAGGUCCAGCCCCAUUGAACUUGGAAAUUCCAGCCUACGACUUUACCGAUGAUGAAACCUUGUUAGUGGGUUAAACUUAAUGCAUCUUAUCCAGAACUACACAUCUUCUAAACCAUUCCCAUGUACAAAACAGUUCAUCAUUUAUCUAUUUAAAGUAUAGAUAUAUUCGUAAUUGAAUCCACCGUAUUGAUCAAUGUAGUGUGCCAUAAGGGACAGCCUAACGAUUUUGAGUACUACUGAUCGCCUGGUAGUAUUGUUGAUUGCCGAGCCUG